AUAUAUAGCUGGAUCUAGAUUUACAGAUUAGGAUUGGAUAUGACGAGAAAGUAAUAGAUCUAGAUCUAGAUUCUACGACCAAAAUUAACCCAUUUUUUUCAUCAUGCCAAAUUUAGGAGGAACUUUUAAAAUGGAUGAGUAUGUGAAAAAAGUUUUUGAGGAUGAGAUGGAAAGAAGUGAUUCUUUUUUAACACAAGAUGAGUUGACGAUACUACUGAAAGAAGAUAGUGAUGAAAAAGUGCCCAGAAACUCAAUAAUUGGCUACCCAACUUACCCCUUGUACCGCGAAAUUGCAAAUAUGUUGACCUUAUGGCUCUCAGAAAAGCAUUGUCCCGUGUUGGAUCUCCCUAGCUUUGACCUGCUGGAUGAAAAGAGUUACAAAGAGUUACGGGCAGCUACAAUAAAAUCUAUCACCCCUUUACUGGAAGGCUUAGAGACUCUCUGGACUCUGUGGACAGAUGAUGAGAUCAAAUACAGAGUGCGUGAAGUACUUGUUCUUUUAGGGCUCAGGGGGAUUUUAGAUCUUCUCGGAGUAAGAAAAACAGUAGGAACCAAAGAUUUACUACCCCCAUCUCGAAAAAUGUUGCUGGAAUCGUUCACAGCCAAACAUUCUGCCAAUAGUGAACUGUGGGUAGGGGCUAGAGCACUAGCAAAACAUUAUCACAGAGAUCAGUCUGAAUCCUGGUGGGGCAAUUGUACUGGUACGGAGUCUGAAAAAAAUGCACAUUCUCUGACAUUGAUGAAUAAAAUACUUGAUAACGCAGUGUGGAUAAAUAUACAUUGGCUGCCUCAUGAUGUGUUUAUUAUAGAAGCCAGGCAGGAGCAUGGCUAUGGCUUACGGUGGUCUGCUGAUGGAAAAAGUUUUAGGGGGUUUUUAGAGCCUCAAAUGAUAGAUGGGCAUGAAGUUGGCUGGAGGCAUUAACAAUGUGUUUUGUUAGUCUGCUAUUAUCUGCUAUUAUCUGCUCAAAUAUGUGUAUGUGGGAUGUCUGCCAUUAUAUGCCUAAAUAUGUGUAUGUUGAAAGUCUGCCAUUAUUUCCCUAAAUAUGUGUAUGUUGAAAGUCUGCUGUAUCAAUUACUGAUAUUUGUUGGUUAAACUGGCUCUUUUCCACCAGAUCAACUUAUAUAAAAAAAAUUGUCAUGGUGUUAAUGUCCAUAUUUUAUGUUAAUGUCCAUAUUUUAUGUAUCCCAGGCCUAAUGUUUGCAUAAAAUUGCAAUUGAUUUUUAAAGUAAGAUAUUUAACUCAGUGAAAAUGAAAUGUAAAAGGCAAUAAACUAU